AUGAAGGGUUUCAGACAGAGAGUGCACGAUCAGCUGUCGCGGGCGAAGGACAACAAGUCAUCGAAAAAGAAAGAUUCCAAUUCCGCUUCCCAGAACCAGGCGUCUCUCGGCAUUUCCAACACACAGCAGUCUACAUCCCCUAGCCAAGGUACACCUACCUCGUCCACAACCUCACUGAAUGAUUCGCGAAACAAAUCACCCGACAAUGCCUCACCUGCCGGCACUCCUUCUGUGGGCGGCGCACCCCACCCUGGUACCCCGGUCCAACACUAUAUCCCGCAAGCUGGUACGGCAGGCCAGCCCGUGAGCAAUGGACCAGGAACUCCGACCCGGCAAGGGCAGCCACCCGCACCCAGUGUCAUCAUCAGUCCAAGCACGCACGUUCCUCCUCCAGGCGCUGCUGAAACGAUGCCUGGUGACCUCGCGCCCCCGAGAAAGUCUCAUGUCUUCGAUCGUCUGCAGACCACCCCGAAGGAUAUGUCGGAGGGUAUUCGAACCCCCAAGCGUCAGCACUCGUCGCGAUUUGAUAUCUCGGAUCAGCGCCAAAGAGAGUUGGAGAAGCUGCCAGGAUUCCAUGAAGUCCCUCCCAAUCGGCGUCAAGAUUUGUUCAUGCAAAAGAUCGACCAGUGCAACAUUAUCUUUGAUUUCAACGACCCUACUGCCGACAUGAAGUCGAAAGAGAUCAAGCGUCUGGCGCUGCACGAACUCUUGGAUUAUGUUGCCAACAACAGGUCGGUCAUCACAGAACCCAUGUAUCCUCGUGUGGUUGAGAUGUUCGCCAAGAACCUGUUCCGUCCCAUCCCCCCGCCCCUGACACCCCAAGGCGAAGCGUUCGACCCCGAAGAAGACGAGCCCGUCUUGGAAGUCGCUUGGCCGCACAUUCAGGUUGUUUAUGAGUUCUUCUUGAGGUUUAUUGAGAGUCAGGACUUCAAUACCAACAUCGCGAAGGGUUACAUCGAUCAUCAAUUCGUGCUUUCGUUGUUGGAUCUCUUUGACUCGGAAGAUCCUCGGGAACGUGACUUCCUCAAGACGACCCUUCAUCGCAUCUAUGGAAAAUUCUUAAACCUCAGAUCUUAUAUUCGCCGAUCUAUUAACAACGUUUUCUUCCAAUUCAUGUACGAAACAGAACGACACAAUGGAAUUGCUGAAUUACUCGAGAUUCUGGGCUCCAUUAUCAACGGCUUCGCCUUGCCUCUGAAGGAGGAACACAAGCUCUUCCUGACUCGGGUGCUUCUCCCCAUGCACAAGGUGAAGAGUUUGAGCAUGUAUCACCCGCAAUUGGCAUACUGCAUCGUUCAAUUCUUGGAGAAGGACUCAACCUUGACCGAAGAUGUCGUUCUCGGGCUGCUACGCUUCUGGCCGAAGACCAAUAGCACCAAGGAAGUCAUGUAUCUCAACGAGGUUGAAGACAUUUUCGAAGUCAUGGAUCCUGGCGAGUUUGCCAAGGUACAGGAGCCUUUGUUUAACCAGCUGGCCAAGUCUGUUGCUAGCCCCCAUUUCCAGGUCGCUGAACGGGCUUUGUACUUCUGGAACAACGAGUACUUCUGCAACCUCGUGAGCGACAACGUGGAGACAAUUCUUCCAAUCAUGUUUGCCCCUCUUUACGAGAACUCCAAGGGUCACUGGAACCGCACGAUCCACAGCAUGGUUUACAAUGCGAUGAAGAUGUUCAUGGAAAUUAACCCACAACUCUUCGACGAAUGCUCUCACGAAUUUACUGAGCACCAGAAUAACGCUGACCAGCGUGAAAAGAUUCGCUCAGACCGUUGGGAUAUCAUCGAACAACAGGCCAAGGAUAGGAAGAAUGGCAUUCCCCCACCUCCACCUCCUGCUCUUGGUGUCCCCGAGCCGAUCGAUGAGGUCGAGGCCAUGACCCAUGAAAGCCAAAAGCGAUUGAACACGCUGAAGUUGCAGGAGGAGCCUGAUGCGUCCAAAGAACGACCCAGCAGGGAAGGCACCCCUAAUUCGGUAAGUCCCGUGCAACUCUGA